UAAUGUUAAAUGUAAACGCUGUGAAUCAUCAUCCGGAUUCACGCAGCUCCACAUCAGUGACUGGGCUGGUUACAGUGUGUCACGUGAUUCGACAGAAAAAGCAGCGAUGGAGAAAAGCUAAGGAAGGUAUCUGCCCUGGCAGUGGCUUCCUCUUUACCCAGAGUGCUUGUGGAAUGGCAGCAGUUUGGCAGCAGGUGUUGGCAGUGGACGCAAGGUACAAUGCUUACCGCACGCCUACCUUCCCACAGUUCCGAACUCAGUACAUCCGCCGACGCAGCCAGCUGCUCAGAGAGAACGCCAAGUGUGGCUUUGAGCCAGGGCUGCGCAGGCAGUACCUGAAGCUGCGCAGUCAGCUGCUGGCCCUGCGCUACGGGCCCCUGUCUGAGCAGAGCAGCUUCAGGGCCAGCAGUGUGCGCAGCUCCCGCACCACACUGGACCGAAUGGAGGACUUUGAGGAGGACCCCCGUGCCCAAGGGGCUCGUGGUCAUCGCCGGUCUGUCAGCAGAGGCUCGUACCAGCUACAGGCCCAGAUGAACAGAGCCGUCUACGAUGAGAGGCCUCCGGGCAGUUUGGUGCCCACCUCAGUGGCAGAGGCCAGUCGUGCCAUGGCAGGAGACACAACUUUGAGUGAAAAUUAUGCUUUUGCUGGCAUGCACCACAUAUUUGAUCAACAUGUUGACUCUGCUGUUCCACGUUUGCAGUUUGCCAAUGAUGACAAGCACCUCCUUGCUUGCUGCUCACUGGACGGCACUCUGUCCAUUAUGACACUCUCACCACCUCCUCCCAGUGUGAAGGUGACCCUAAAAGGUCAUGGAGGUCCAGUUACAGACUUUGCCUGGUCUCUGAGCAAUGACAUCAUUGUGUCGACAUCGCUGGACGGGACACUCCGUAUUUGGAAUACAGAGGAUGGCCGGUGCAUCCGAGAGGUCAGAGACCCAGAAUCCAGCGAGUUGCUCUGCUGCACCUUCCAACCCAUGAAUAAUAACCUUACUGUGGUGGGGAACAGCAAGCACCACCUGCAGGUGGUAAACAUCUCCACUGGGAAGAAGGUGAAGGGGGGCUCCAGUAAGCUGACAGGCCGCGUGCUGUCUCUCUCCUUUGAUGCUCCAGGGAAGAUCCUUUGGGCUGGUGAUGACAGGGGGAGCAUCUUCUCCUUCCUCUUUGACAUGGCCACAGGGAAGCUUACUAAAGCCAAGCGUCUGGUGGUGAGUGAAGGCAGCUCUAUCUGCAGCAUAUCCGCUCGUUCCUGGAUUAGCCGAGAGGCCAGAGACCCCUCGCUGCUGGUUAAUGCCUGUGUCAAUAAGCUGCUGCUGUACAGGGUGGUAGACAAUGAGGGAACACUACAGCUGAAGAGAAGCUUCCCCAUCCAGCAUGGAUCCCAGCUCGUUCAUAGCAUCUUCUGCCCCCUCAUGUCUUUCAGACAGGGGGCCUGUGUAGUGACUGGCAGCGAGGAUGGCUGCGUCUACUUCUUCGAUGUCGAGCGCAACACCAAGGCGAUAGUAAACAAGCUGCAGGGUCAUGGGGGUCCAGUGUUGGAUGUCAGCUUCAACUGCGACGAGAGUUUACUUGCAUCUGCUGAUUCCACCGGCAUGGUCAUCAUCUGGAGGCGUGAGCAAAAGUGACUGAUCCACUAAUUAAAAAAAACAUGUUAAAAAUUAAAAAAAGCUUCCAUCCACUGCAUAUAAAAAGCCUGCUGCUCCUUAACCGUCCAAUAACAAGUCUGUAGAUUUUCACUGGAAUGUAACAGGCUGCGUCAAAUGUUUAAUGUAAUGAUACUCAAGUGCAAUCAGAACACCAUGCUGUGUAGGUGGUAGGGAUGUCUUAGAAAUUCAUGGUGUGGGAGGUGGGCUGUGUGUGUCAGUGCUCCUACAGCUGCAGCUGAGAAAUGGCUUUUUCUUUUUUUCUCUUUGGUUUGUAAAGAAAGAACGAGCACUAAUACCAUGCAUGUGUCAUGGCUGACCUCAAGUUGUGUGGAUACGACUGACUUCAUGUGAAGAGAACACAUAAUUUUCCAGAAAAAACAAAACAAAAAAACACUUUAUAUCACACUGACAGUCCCUCUGGCAUAGAUCUAGUUCACUAUUUAUGUAACUGUUAUUCAAUCAGUGUAAUCAAGUGUAGUAAAAUGGCCUUAUUUGCUUUCAGUUGCUGUUUUGCAUUUGAGACCAUGUGCAUGAAACUGAAAUCCGGA